AUGAAUCCAGCCCACCUCCCGCUACACCAGCAGCUCGCGCACUUGCGCACUGUCCUGUCCACCAACAAGACGCUCGUCGAGGUCCUUGAGCGCGCCGCCACUCUGAGGCUUCCCAACUGGUACCUGGCAGCCGGGGCAGUGUCCCAGACGAUCUGGAACCACGUGUCCGGCUUCCCUCCCGAGACAGGCAUCCACGACUACGACCUCAUCUACUUUGACGACACGGACCUGUCCUAUGAGGCCGAGGACGCCGUCAUCCAGUCCAGCCGGGCCCUGUUCGAGCCGAUCCAGCCCGACGGCGGCCCGGGGGACGACGGCGACGACAAAGCCAAGGUCAAGGUCGACGUCGAGAUCCGCAACCAGGCGCGCGUGCACCUGUGGUACGAGAAGCGCUUCGGCGUGCCGCUGGACCCGCCGCACGCGAGCAGCGAGGCCGCCAUCGACACCUGGCACAGCACGAGCGCCCAGAUCGCCGUCCGCCUCGAGGACGACGGGCAGUGGUCCGUGUACGCCCCGCGCGGGCUUUCCGACUUCUUCAACAUGCAGGUUCGGCCAGCGCCCCGGCUCGGCACGAGGCAGGCGUACGAGGACAAGGUGCGGCGGUGGCGGCAGAUCUGGCCGGCGCUCAAGGUGGAGCCUUGGCCCGAGAGGACAGAGGCAGGGGAGAGAGCCCGGGCGCAGGAUAAAGGUUCUCAGGCUUGA